GGAGCCGGGGCGGGGCCAUGGCAGGCGGGGCCAGAGUUGGGGGUCGGAGCAGAGAGAGACCAGGAACAGCUGUGGGGAGAGGAUCUCAGAAGCUCGGGGAGAUCAGGCCAGCAGCCAUGGCAGUAGAAGGAGGAAUGAAAUGUGUCAAGUUUCUGCUCUAUGUCUUAGUGUUGGGCUUUUUGGCCUGUGCGGUGGGGCUGAUUGCAGUAGGCGUGGCAGUUCACUUCACCUUGAACCAGACCAUACCCAUUGGGUCCACCACAGGCUCUGUGGUGCCUGUUGUCAUCAUAGCCUUGGGUACCUUCCUCUUCCUUGUGGCCUUCUUGGGCUGUUGUGCUACCUGUAAGGAGAAUUACUGUCUUAUGACCACGUUUGCCAUCUUUCUGUCCCUCAUUGUCCUAGUAGAGGUGGCUGCAGCUAUUGCUGGAUAUGUCUUCAGGGACAAGGUGAAGUCAGAGUUUGACAAAGGCUUCCGGGAUGAGAUGAAGGAGUAUGAGAAAAAUAACAACACAGCACGGUUCUUGGAUAAGUUGCAGGAAGGAUUUAAAUGCUGUGGGGCAGUGAACUAUACAGAUUGGGAGCAAGUGUCCCAAAUACCCAAGAACAGCAUCCCUGACUCUUGCUGCAUCAAUAUCACCCAAAACUGUGGAACUAACUUCAAACCUUCGGACAUUAACCAGGAAGGCUGUGUGGAGAAGAUUGGAAAUUGGCUAAAGCACAGAGCUUUGGUGCUAGCAGGUGUAGCACUGGGUGUCACAUUCGUGGAGAUUCUGGGAGUUAUCUUUGCCUGCUGCCUCAUGAAGAGUAUCAGGAGUGGCUAUGAGGUGAUGUAGGGGCGCUCUCUGCCCCUCACCACCUUCUCAUGGCAAUAAGGGAGUGGGCUAGUGUGUCCUGGGUUUUUCAAUUAAUAAAUGGAUUUUUUUUUUCACUCUGAAAAGAAA